AUGAAUUCAACCGAGCGCGGCAACUUGUCCAUGGAACAAGUGCACGCGGCGUGGCUCGCGGCCGGCGCGCGGGGCGAUGUGGACACUAUGCGGCGUCUGCGCGAGCAACAUCCCCAAUGGCUCGGCCUGCAGCGGCGCGUGGGGACAGCGGCGGACGCUGCCGCGUCGGACCCAGCACGUCCGCAACGACAGCAAUUCUGCGGCUGGAACGGCUUCCACUUGUCCUCCAUCGGAGCCUCCACGCUGCACACUGCGACGUGGGAAGGCAGUCUCGGAAUUGUGGAGCUGCUGCUACAAGCGGGCCAGGACCCAGACACGCGCGACGCAGCAGGACUCACGCCAAUCAUGGUGGCGCUGCUGCGCUACAACGUUGUGGUCAUGCGCUGCGUCUUUCGCAACGCCAAGGCUGUCCGUCGGAACAUUGUGGUGGAUUGUAGACCCGAGGACAGCGAGCUCGUGCAAUACAUCAUGGACGUUAUCAAGCUGAUGCUGCGGUUUGGAGCUGACAUGAACGCACGAAACCAGGACGGGUACAGUGCGCUUCACUAUGCUGCGAACGGAGAUGCACUCGACGUUGCCAGGUUUCUACUAGACGCUGGUGCCGAUAUGAAUGCUCAGGACCGGAACGGCAAGACGCCACUCCAUCAUUGCAUCCAGGAGG